CCUUUCGAGUCUUGCCUCUUCUUUCCCCGUCUGUUGGGAGACGCAUCUCCUCCACUGCUGCUCGCACCUGCAAGUCUCCCGUCUCAGGCCUUUUCCUCUCCGUCGUCCCGCUGAACCUGCCAGCAGUGUGUACUGAACGCCGGGAAAGCUGCUGGUCUCUCCUACAGUACCCUGUCUGUACCCUGCCAGUACACCGUCACCUAGCUGAUCUGAUCUACGCAGCAAGCGCGCCGUGACAGCAGCCGCCAUGGCCGCUCGCGCCCACUGUAGACACCUGCCUCAGGUAGGUUUGCCGCGCCCAGCGGCAGCCCGCUCCCGCCUCUUCUGCCGAUCUGCUUCUGCCGAGCCCUCCUCCGCUUAUACCCCCCCCGGUUUCCCUCCAGCAGAGGCAUCCUUCCCCACGCAUGUCGCUAUUAGCAUCGCUAACAGCAUCGCUAACAGCAUCGCUACCAGCAUCGCUACCAGCAUCACUAAUACCGUCGCUUAUAGUCAUCACCGCACUACUUACCACUACCACCGCUCGCUGCGACCUCCCUCGAGAAUCGUAUGUACGACAGCGCACGGCACUGAUGCUCGUAGCAGACGUGCCACCGCCCGAGCUCUCGGCUUCUCAACUCGUCGCAUUUCCGCCACUGCCAGUGGUAAUAGAAGUAGUUCUCCCUCAUUCGCUAGUAGCACACUCGUCCUAGUAGAAGAAAACUGACCGCGGCGACGUUGCUAGUAGUAGAACCUCUCCUUGAAGUUACUACCACCCCAUUCUGCUCCCAGCCGCACCACCACAUGCCAUGAUGGCGCAAAUCUCUCGCUCCUUCCGCUCCUUCCCCACCACGCUCCUCCUCCCCCUCCUCGCUUUCCUCGCCCUCGUCGCGCCCCCGCGCCCGUCGCGCGCCGCCGACAUCGGCCCGCCGUUCCCCGACGGCUGCGUGGCGGCCAUAGCUGACAGCGACCUCGCCGCCAUGCGCUCAGUCGACGCGGCGCUGCCCGAGGGAGUCUUCUUCUGGCACGACGGCCUGUCCAACGGGCUUCUUAGACGCCGACCGCAACGUCUCCUACUGCUGCAUCCAGCCCCGCCCCGCGUCGGCGAGCUGCGCCUUGGAAUGCCCGAUCCUCUGCUCGCCCGACGGCCGCAUCACGAGCAUUGAAUCUGAUCCCAGUGUCGAGGACAUGCCGGGGGGCCCGGGGAGGGGCGGGAGCUGCCCGCCCGGCGGGCUGUCCCGCGCCGUGGGGGAUCUGGCGGAGCUCUCCUCGUUGAUCCUCCGCCAUUCGUGCCUCGCAGGAGAGAUGCCGGACUCCGUCUCGCGCCUCCAGAAGUUGACGGAAAUCGUCAUGACCGAUAAUGGCUUCUCCGGUAGCAUCCCGCCCGGCCUCUUCCGCCUGCCCGCGCUGCGCCUCGUGGAUCUCAGCGCGAAUGGCGGCGGGCUGUCGGGCUCCCUUCCCGACGGCCCCGACGCGUACUCCCCGUCGCUCGAAAAGGUUCUCCUCGCCGGCAACGCGCUCUCGGGGGAGCUUCCGCGCGAGCUUCUCCGCGCGCCGGCGCUGUACUGGGCGGACCUGCAGAGUAACAAUCUCACGGGGGAGCUCCCGGGGGGGGGCGCGAAAGCGGGAGCCGCGGGGGCGGCGGGGGCGUACUCGCGGAGUAUCGAGAGGCUCUUGCUGCGCAACAACAGCCUGUCCGGCGGCCUCCCCACGGCGCUGGCGGAGAUGACGGCGCUGGAGCAGCUGGACCUGGGGGGGAACCGCCUGUCGGGGAGCGUUCCGCCCGACCUGUUCCUCGCAGUGGACCCACAGACGGGGCGGCGGGUCACCAUGGGCGGCGGGUACGGCAGCCUGAACCUGAGCUUUAACAGCCUCUCGGGCAGCCUCAGCGCGUUCUCGGUGCUUCCUUCACGGAGUUACGUCUUGGACCUGUCGCACAAUAACUUCUCGGGCGGCAUUCCCGAGGUGUUCUUCAGCUCGGACUCGAAUGGUCGCGUGGACGUGCGGUUUAACGCGCUUUCGGGGCCGCUGUACGACGCGCGCCGGCGCGAGUUCGAGGACAAGCGGUUCGAUAAAGGGACGGACGUCUGGGACUAUCUGCGCGUGAGCAACAACAGCGCCGCCAUGGCGCGCGCUGUGGGCGCGGGUUACCUGCCCGCGCCGUCGCCUGGCGUGCAGGCGUCUGCUGCCGAGACGGCUGCGCUGCUGGCCGUGCGAGACGCGCUCCUGGGGGCGGCAGUUGGGGGAGCAGCGGAGGGAGCAGGGGGGGAAGCCGUGGCGGAUGGCGGAAACAGCUGGUGGGCGGAGCUGGGCUUGCCUGCAAGAAACGGUCAGAAUGGGUGGCUGUCGGUGGCGUUGGGGCAGCUGACCCGGCUGACCUCGCUGCGCAUCUCCCACCACACUCUCUCCGGCUCCCUCCCCGCCUCCCUCUCCCUCCUCUCCCGCCUCGUCUCCCUCGACCUCGCCUCCAACCGCCACCUCUCCGGCGCCAUCCCCCCCGCCCUCUACGCCCUGCCCGCGCUCACUGAACUCACCCUGCGUGGCAACAGCCUCAAGGGCGCUGUGCUCCCCAGCAGCACCCCUGCAGCAGCCUUGUCUCCCUCGCUGGAGUCAUUGGACGUGGGGGAGAAUCAGCUAUCGGGGUCGAUCGCGAGCACCAUCGGCGCUCUCACUUCCCUCACACGCCUGGCUCUGGACCACAACCGGCUGGAGGGCAGCAUGCCAGGGAAGCUUGGCGCGCUGUGGAUGCUCAGGGACCUGCAGCUGCAGGGGAACGCGCUGCAGGGAGAUUCCACUGCCCUUGCUGCUGCUGUCGACGCCGCUGCUGCCUCCGGCUCCAGUUCACGCAUGUGGGGUCUCGGGGGGGUGUUCCCUCUGCUCACCUCGCUGGACUUCAGCAGCAACCAGCUGUCCGGCGAUGCGGCCAUGCUCGCCCCGCUCACUGGACAGUUCAGCUACCUGAACGCGUCGCACAACAACCUCACGUGCAGCGGGGGCAGCGGUCUCUGGAAGGCAGGGCAGAACGGACGACCUCACUUGGACCUCUCCCACAACUGCAUCAGCGGCGCGCUCGAAAACCUCGUCCCUGUGAACAGCCUUGCGUCCGUGCUGCGCCUGGCGCACAACCAGAUCUCGGGGUCCAUCCCCGCCUCCCUGCUGCAACAAACAGUGGGCGAAGAGCUCGACCUCUCGCACAACCUGCUCUCCGGCACCAUACCCCCCAUCGACAACAACCUCUCGAUGGACGUCCUCGACUUGUCGUACAACCAGCUCUCGGGCACCAUCCCCGCCCUCCAGGGCAGCCUUGAGAGGUGCGACUUCUCCCACAACCAGGUCGCCGGGGGAAUCCCGCAGGUCAUGCCUGCGUUGAGGCAUCUCAACGCGAGCUGGAACCGGCUGAACAAGAUUGACUCCUCGCCCUUUGGCUACGCGUACUCUCUCAAGACCCUGGACGUCUCUCACAAUGCGUUCGCCGGAGGCCUGCCGGCUUUGAGCGUGGAGCUCACGCGCCUCACCUAUCUGGACCUCUCCUUCAACGCCUUCAGCGGCUCUCUUGCGCCACAGCACGUCCCGUUCCCGGCACCAGAGGCAGGAGCAUGCAUUUCGUUUCAGAGCAAGGCAGAGGUUCGGUUGAGCCACAAUGCGCUCACUGGGAGCAUCCCCGGGGCGGUCUUCUCCCCCUGCCUCGCCCUGCUCGACCUCUCCCACAACCAGCUCUCCAGCCCCAUCCCAGCCCCUGUCCUGAGAAACAACGAGAGAUCCUCCCUUCUCCGUCUCUCCCACCUGGACCUCUCUUCCAAUAAACUCACUGGGAGCAUCUCCAGUGCGCUGAUCGCUGCCCUUCCAGCCCUAACCCACCUGGACCUCUCACGCAACAAGCUCAAGGGUCCCCUGCCUGCCUUGUGCCAGGGCCAGCAGCGCAUUGCCACUCUGCUCCUCUCCUCCAACUCAUUCUCGGGCUCUGUCUCCUCCCUCCUCUCCUCAUGUGCCUCCUGCACCUCCUCCCUCCUCUCUCUCAACAUCUCCAGCAACCAGCUCUCUGGCCCCAUCCCCUCCUCCCUCUCGCUCUUCACGGCACUGCAGUCGUUGGUAGCGGCGCGCAACCGCAUGAGCGGCAGCAUCCCUGCAGGCGUGGCAUCGCUGAAGGCCCUGCAAGCCCUGGACCUGUCGUGGAACGGGCUGUCAGGAGCCAUCCCUGCGCUGCUGCGGGCGGCAGCCCCCUCCCUGCACGUGCAGCUGGCUGGCAACGCCCUCUCUGGCUCUGUCCCCCAGCCCCUCUCCGACCUGCCCCUCUCCUGCUUCCGCCCCGGCAACCCCAAACUCUGCGGGACACCCCUGCCUGCCUGCAAGACGUCCAAGCCUAGGAAGGGCCGGUGGUAGGGCCCUGAUGGUGGCCAUAAUUACUGGUUCUGACUGGACAUUGAUUGAACUACCACCAGUACCAUGAGAUAAGUUAUCUAUUGCAUGUGCUGCAGCCUGUCUUGGUUUCAAGGCAUUGAUUUGUUCAUUUGAUUGUUUAACACUUUUGUCACCUUUCACUUUAUUGGA